UGGCGAUCUUUCAUGCCGUGAUUCCUAUGUACACAGUAUUUUUGUAUUCUUAUUUUUGUUGAUCUUGUUGAUAUAUUUGUAUUAUCUUGCUCUUUCCUUCAUAGGUGAAUUGUCUAUGCCAAUAAUAUCAUCAUGUGGAAGUGUCACAAAUGUGGAAAACCUGUUUAUUUCGCGGAACGGAAACAAUCAUUGGGUUAUGAUUGGCAUCCUGAAUGCUUAAGAUGUGAAGAAUGUGGAAAACGCUUGAAUCCUGGCCAGCAUGCAGAGCAUAAAGGAGUUCCUUAUUGUCAUGUACCAUGUUAUGGUGCUUUAUUUGGUCCACAAUUAUUUGGACAUGGUACUAGGGUUGAAUCUCAUACAAGUUUUGGUAAAAAAGAAGCCAAAUCAUCAUUACCACGAUCACAUUUGGAAACAAAAUUAAAGGUCUUCAAUCAGUAUUAUGAAGGAAAAAGUGGAGGAAUAAGAAGCAGAGAGGUAAAUGGUCGAUUAAUAUUAGAAGGAGCUUUGAGGAUAUAUUGGGGUGUACAAGGUGUUAUACAUUUGAAAGAAGACGAUGAUCAAAGAACUGUUGUGACAGCUCGAAAUAGAAAUUCAUGUAGAAAAAGUGUAUCAGAGGAAAUAGAAGAAAACGAUGAAAAACCUGUAAAUUCAAUGAAAGAUUUAUCUCCUACAGAAAGUCAAUUAGAAAGUGAACCCAAUUCAUUACCCACGUCCCCAGAUCACUUGAAAAGUCUUACAUUGCCUAUGAAACUUGAUGUUAAAAACAUGGAAUUAGAUGAACUUGAUGAAUUACUUCAAGUAGAACGUAAAAUUGAAGAUGGUGAUAAAUUGUAUCAAACUAUGCCCGAAAAUCUUCCAUCUAUAAGUUCACAUUCCAGUACUGAAUCAUCUCAGACAAGUCAACCAAUUACCGAUUCAUCAGAUACUCGAAGUAGCUCUACUGUAAAUAGUUCAAAUUCUCACUCUAGAACCAAUGAUAGUAGUAUUAACAGUACCCCUACUCAUAGCAUAGAUAGUUCCUCUGGCACAGAUACUCCAAAUAAUCAAAGUACACUGGGUAGAAAUGGAACUCUACGAAGAACUGAUUAUUAUGACAGUUUUGAGAAAAGUAAUAGCAACCGAUCAAUAAGUAAUGAUGACAGCUGGAUUGAAAAAGGAUUGAACCGUUCGAUGUCAGGACCUGAUUGUCUCCAAAGAAAUCGCACUGAUAGUGACACAGAUUCUGUAAGUUCCCUUCAUUUUAGGGACGAUGAUAAUAUGACAAUGUCCACUGAUAGUGGAUUAGAAUUAGACGGAGUGGUUUUACGUCGUAAACAAGGUUCUACAGCCAUACGUCGACGUCCAGGUGGUAGAAGACAAUCAAAAAGUAGAUUAAGACGUCGAUGUUCAAUAAAUGGUCACUUCUAUAAUCGAGAAACUAGUUUUUUCACACCUCCUCAUGGUUCUCAAAUGUCUGUAUGGGUAACUAGUCUUGUCAGCACUCAAGAAGUUAUAAAUCUUAUGCUUGACAAAUAUAAAGUUGACGCGAAACCUGACAAUUUUGCUUUGUUCGUUGUUCGAGACAAUGGAGAGCAACGCAGAUUAAGGGAUGAUGAAUAUCCUCUUGAAGUUCGUGUUUCUCUUGGACCUCAUGAAAACGUUGCUCGUUUAUUUUUAGUCGAUAAAUUGUCGACUCCCGAAAUAAGUUCGGAUGUUGCACAAUUUUUAAACCUUUCGAUAGCUGAAUGCCAUGGGAUUUUACAACGAUAUCACUUUGAAGAAGAACGACAAAUAUCUCAUUUGAAAGAAAAAUACAAAGAAAUGCGUCGACGAAUAAAACAACGCAUGGAGGAACUUAAGGUUCGACUAUAGAUAUAGAAUAAGAUUUUUUUUUUAUAUCUCUAAACAUCAUUUCAAUUUAUUUUUAUGAAUUUUUUGAUAAAUUAUUUUAUAAUUUUUUAUCGAAUAUUAUCAAAUAAGAAACAAAAAAAAGUUUCUUUUCCAUUAAAGUUAUUUUAUAAUGAAAAAUUGAUGAAAUAUAUCUUCAUCAUCGACAUUUAUUAAAAAGGCUGGUAAAAUUAUCUGACAUAGUUAUAGAGCUUCAAUUACUAACGAACUACUUUCUACUAUAUUAGUACUUUCGAGUUUUAGCGAAUGAAUCUUUUCAAAUUUGCUGAGUAUAAACGUAUUCAUUUUAGUCAGUAAUUUAAUAAAU